UGGGAAAAAGGCAGGAGAGUGGAGUUGAGGUCAGAAUCAUAUCAAACAUGAUUUUGUUGAAUGGCAGAGCAGAUUUGAGGUGAUGAAUGUUCUACUCCUCUUCCUAUUUCAUAUGCCUUAGUCCAAGUAAAAAAUACCCAAGUUCAAAAUAUCUAGAUGUCAGAAUGUGAUGUGAAGUUAUCUUUGAAUAAUCAUCCAAUAUUCACUCCCUAACAUGCCAAAGUCUUUCCCCAUUUGCAAGUCACAGAACUGUGAUGGAACACUUUCCCUUUGCCUGGAUGAGUGCAGAUCAAGGUGUUCAACAUAAUCUAGGACAAAGCAGCCCACUUGAUUCACCCGAAAAAAUUUAUUUUCUCCACUGACAAUACUUAGUGGCUGCAGUACGUGCCAUCAACAAAUGUAGAACAUUUAUAGACAAUAGACAAUAGGUGCAGAAGUAGACCAUUUGGUCCUUCGAGCCUGCACCGCCAUUCUGAGAUCAUGGCUGAUCAUCAACUAUCAAUACCCUGUUCCUGUCUUGUCUCCAUAUCCCUUGAUUCCCCUAUCCAUAUCUAUCUAGCUACUUCUUGAAAGCAUCCAGAGAAUUGGCCUCCACUGCCUUCGGAGGCAGUGUAUUCCAGACCCCCACAACUCUCUGGGAGAGGAAGUUUUUCCUUAACUCUGUCCUAAAUGACCUACCCCUUAUUCUCAAACCAUGCCGUCUGGUACUGGACUCUCCCAGCAUCUGGAACAUAUUUCCUGCCUCUAUCUUGUCCAAUCUCUUAAUAAUCUUAUAUGUUGCAAUCAGAUCCCCUCUCAAUCUCCUUAAUUCCAGUGUGUACAAGCCCAGUCUCUCUAACCUCUCUGCGUAAGACUGUCCGGUCAUCCCAGGAAUUAACCUUGUGAAUCUACGCUGCACUUCCUCUACAGCCAGGAUGUCCUUCCUUAACCCUGGAGACCAAAUACUCCAGGUGUGGUCUUACCAGGGCCCUGUACAAAUGCAAAAGGAUUUCCUUGCUCUUGUACUCAAUUCCCUUUGUAACAAAGGCCAACAUUCCAUUAGCCUUCUUCACUGUUUGCUGCACUUGCUCAUUCACCUUCAGUGACUGAUGAACAAGGACUCCUAGAUCUCUUUGUAUUUCUCCCCUUACCUAACUCUACUCCAUUCAGAUAAUAAUCUGCCUUCCUGUUCUUACUCCCAAAGUGGAUAACCUCACACUUAUUCACAUUAAACGUCAUCUGCCAAGUAUCUGCCCACUCACUCAGCCUAUCCAAGUCACCCUGAAUUCUCCUAACAUCCUCAUCACAUGUCACACUGCCACCCAGCUUAGUAUCAUCAGGAAACUUGCUGAUGUUAUUCUAAAUGCCUUCAUCUAAAUCAUUGAUGUAAAUCGUAAACAGCUGUGGUCCCAAUACCGAGCACUGUGGCACCACACUAGUCACCACCUGCCAUUCCGAGAAACACCCAUUCACUGUUACCCUUUGCUUUCUAUCUGCCAACCAGUUUUCCAUCCAUGUCAAUAUCUUCCCCCCAAUGUCAUGAGCUCUGAUUUUACCCACCAAUCUCCUAUGUGGGACCUUAUCAAAUGCCUUCUUAAAAUCGAGGUACACUACAUCCACUGGAUCCCCCCCAUCUAACUUCCUGGUUACAUCCUUGAAAAACUCCAAUAGUUUAGUCAAGCAUGAUUUUCCCUUGGUAAAUCCACGCUGGCUCAGCCCAAUCAUAUCACUGCUAUCUAGAUAUGCCACUAUUUCAUCUUUAAUAAUGGACUCUAGCAUCUUUCCCACUACUGAUGUUAGGCUGACAGGACAAUAGUUCUCUGUUUUCUCCCUCCCUCCUUUCUUGAAAAGUGGGAUAACAUUAGCCAUUCUCCAAUCCUCAGGAACUGAUCCUGAAUCUAAGGAACAUUGGAAAAUGAUUACCAAUGCAUCCGCAAUUUCCAGGGCCACCUCCGUUAGUACCCUAGGAUGCAGACCACCUGGACCUGGGGAUUUGUCAGCCUUCAGUCCCAUCAGUCUACUCAUCACCGUUUCCUUCCUAAUGUCAAUCUGUUUCAUUUCCUCUGUCACCCUAUGUCCUUGGCCCAUCCAUACAUUUGGGAGAUUGCUUGUGUCUUCCCUAGUGAAGACAGAUCUAAAGUACUUAUUAAAUUCUUCUGCCAUUUCUCUGUUUCCCAUAACAAUUUCACCCAAUUCAUUCUUCAAGGGCCCAACAUUGUUCUUAACUAUCUUCUUUCUCUUCACAUACCUAAAAAAGCUUUUGCUAUCCUCCUUAGGAUACUCUUACUCUUAGAGUGCCUUCUAACUCUGUAUCUUCCUGUAUCAGUAUGGAAAAAAGGUUCAGGUCCAUGUGCUGAAACUGGAGAGGGUUCAAAGGAGGUUCACGAAAAUGAUUCCAGGAUUGAAUGACAUGUCAUAUGAAGAGUGUUUGAUGGCUCUGAGCCCUUAUUCACUAGAAUUCAGAAGAAUGAUGGGUGCCCUCAUUGAAACCUACUGAAUGGUGAAAGGCCUUGAUAAAGUGGAAGUGGAGAAGAUGUUUCCAAUGGUGGAAGAGUCCAAGACCAAAGGACACAGCCUCAGAAUAGAGGGGUGUCCUUUUAGAAUGGAGAUGAGGAAGAAUUUCUUUAGCCAGAGAGUGGUGAAUCUGUAGAAUUCUUUGCCACAGGCAGCUGUGGAGGUCAGGUCUUUAUGUAUAUUUAAGGCAGAGGUUGACAGAUUCUUGAUUGGUCAAGGCAUGAAGGGAUACAGAAGAAGGCAGGAGAUUGGGACUAAGAGGAAAAUUGGAUCAGCCAUGAUGAAAUGGCAGAGCAGACACGAUGGGCCAAAAGACCUAAUUCUGCUCCUAUAUCUUAUGGUUUUAGGGAAUACCAUCACCAGUACGUUUCCCUUUGCCACACACUACCCUAAUUUGGAAAUAUAUUCUCAUUCCUUCAUCAUUGUUGAGUUAAAAUCCUAGAACACACUCACCAACAGCACAGUGGGAGUACUUUCAUCAGAAGGAAUGCAGUGAUUUCAGAAGGUGGAACAAUUUCCUCAAGGGCAUUUAAAUAUAGACAAAACCUGCUGGAUUUAGCACUACUGCCAAAAUCCCAAAAAUAAGUAAAUAUCAAUUAAGGAUUAUAAGUUUAACAACAAUAGCUAGUCCCCUAUAUAUUGUAUCCUGAAGAGUCUUCUGUUCUCAUUGCCCACACCCUCAGAUUUGGUCGAACAGCAGAACUUGAAAGGUGGCUGCCAAAAGGUAAGGAAAAAUAGUUCUGAUGAAAGGUUAUCUACAUGAUACAUCAACUUUGUUUCUUCCUCCACAGAAGCUGCCUUCAUUUUUUUGUUUUUAUUUUGAAUAUCUAGAAUCAUCAGUUUUAGGAUUUCUGGCUCUGUUCCCAUCUCCAGCGCAACACUGCAGAUCAAUGCUUCUGGAUGUAAGUGCCGCCCUGAACCACAUCUCCAGCCGACCGGCCUCACUUUCUAAAUGCCUAGCUUUUGCCUAACAGGGCCAUCUUUCUUCCUCCAGCAACUGAGGUCCUUUGGAGUAUGCAGGCCUCUCCUUCACAUGUUCUUUAGGCAUCCAUUAGUCUCGUGAGACCAUGGAUUUGCGCCUUGGGAGGUUUCCAGGGCGCAGGCCUGGACAGGGUUGUAUGGGAGACCGGUAGCUGCCCAAGCUGCAAGCCUUCCCCUCUCCACACCACCGAUGUUGUCCAAAGGAAGGGCACUAGGACCCAAGCAGCUUGACACUGGUGUCGUUGCAGAGAAAUGUGUUGUUAAGUGCCUUGCUCAAGGACACAAUGUAAUGCCUCAGCUGAGGCUCCAACCAGUGAUCUUCAGGCCUGAUGACCAUCACUAGACCUGAUGCCUUAUCCACGAGGCCACGCGCCAACACGUCACAUGUUCCACCAGUCUGUCAAUACCAAUACAAUCCUCUAUUUGGUUGUGUGUUGGGGCUCAAUAAACUGAUUAGAAAGGCUGGCUCUGUUAUAGGAGUCAAAAUGGACACAUUGGAGGUUGUGGUAGAACAAUGGACCCUAUGGAAAAUCAUGUCAAUUCUGGACAAUGUUUCUCACUCUCUGUAUGACACAUUGGCUGAACAGGGGUAAUAUUAGUAACAGACUAAGACAAUAGUGCUGCUCCAAAGAACGUUAUACGAGGCCAUUCUUAUCCUCAGUCAUUAGGCUCUAUAACGAGUUAACCUAUAAAUGGGGAAGUAAUGACCCCCUCCUGUUAUUCUGUUUGAGGUAACUUAUUCUUUACUGUUUCUUACUUCUAAGAUAUGUAGAUCUGUGCACCUGUAAUGCUACUGUGACACUGUUAUUCCUUUGUGAUCAAUAAAUUAUCUAUCUGAAUAUCCCGUCCUCUUUCAACCUGAUUAGCACCUUCAGCUUGCUGAAUAGUGAGCCAAUGAGGCUAACACAUGUACUCCUGCCAAUAUCCAUACUUAAAUCACAUUUUGGUUACUAUCUAAUAUUUAGGCCAAUGUAGCAAUUGCUUUGUGUAAAAUAAGCAUUUAUUCUUUUUCUAUUAAAAGUUUCAUCCUCUGAGAAAAUUAAUAUCUGCACUUGCCACAAAUAUAUGAUACUCUAACCAGCAUCUAAAUUCAUAAUAGAAACACUGAGUCCAUUGUAAACAAUGUUAAAGUAUUUAGUUGAGCGUAUUGUAAAGCCUGCUAUAUCUUUUAUAGCUCUUAUUAAAAUUUGCAGCAAAUGUUUCUGAAUCCUGACUGAUUUUAUGGGGGACGUUCAUUGCAAAUGCUAGAGAAGAUGCAAAAGCUUAUUAAUUUCCUCUUAGCUGUAGUAGCUUAUUUUUGUCAAUCAGAGUUUGGGAUGAUGUGGACGCAGGAGUGGAAAUGAAAACUGAACGGAGCUGAGUUCAGAUGAGAGAAUGUGGGCAGCGAGAUGGUCCCUACAGUCCAACUCCUGACAGUACACUGAAACUUUAAGCCAGAAUAUCCCAGACUGCAGUGAGUCCAGAGUCUAACUGGGACACACCGUCACAAGAUUUACCUCCAAAGCUUAAUUGAACUAUAACUUCACAUUAUUAUUUAUUUAAAAAUGUAUUUUUUUACCUUGUACCUGAUGACACUUCUCCCAAAGUUACAUAUUAUGAUGCCUUCUGCUCCAGUAGGUCUGUUAGCUCUAUAACUGGUUUUUCAGGACACAGACACUAAUGGUUUAUUAUGACUCAUUGUCUGAUUUUUCUGAUGUGAUGAAGUGCUAAAAAUGCUGCUAACAAUUGUCUUAAAAGUUCUUGUCUUAUGCGGACUGUUGUGGACACAAAGUUAUUGAAGGUUAUCAAAUGUGGGCACACAUCUUGGACUAUUUUUACUGUGCCCAUAGUCUGUUUUUAAUCAAUUAUGCUAUUGUUUGCACUGUUGUAACUAUAUGCUGUAAUUAUGUGGUUUUGUGCAGAUCUUGUAGCUUUAGUUUUUGGUCUUGUUUUUGGAGCUCCUUUCCGGGAAACGUGCUAAGAUGGUAGUGCGAUAUUAAUACGCAGCAGCCUCUCCGGACUCUGGAUUGGGGAUUGCCAAACGUUAUGUGGAUUUUCUAGUGUAGUCUGUUUUGUCAUAUGCUUUUGUGAUAGCAUUCUGGGGGAACGUUGACUCAUUUUUUAACUGCAUUGCAUUUGUGGUUUCUAAAAUGACAAUAAACUGAAACUGAGUCUGAAUCUGAAAUUAAGGACACAAAUAAUUCCACGUUUGAUUAUUUUUCUCUCCCUUUGGCUUCCUCCAAGGAUACUCAUUUUUGAUCAGACUCUCAAAAUGGUUCCAUGUUACUGCUUAAUUAACUUCCAACAGAAGUUCCUCUCCUGAACAAUUAUUCACUGGUAAUCAUUCAGGAAAGAACAGAAGAUUUUUUUUGCAGAUCAGUAAAGUUUUGAUCCUACAGGCUGUUGCUUUUCAACAUUAAUGCUACAGGAGCGCUCAGAUCCCUUAGCAUUACACUCCCAGUUGGCUGAUUCAUAAUCUUGUGUCUGUCAGAGCUCAGACAGCUCAAUGAGAGGGGACUUCAGACUAUCAAUAGGCUUAAUGCAGGGAACAAUUAUUUAGUCUCUUUUGGAUCAUUAAUUUUGUUUCACCUUCCGUAGGAAACCACAAUAUGUACUGUAUAUUGUAAUUUCUGAUUUCAUUCCUACUGACAUGGGAUGGAGUUUUCUUAAAUGGAAAUAAUGCAAAUCUUCAUGGAAAAAAAACAAUGCAAACUGGAUGAAGUAGUUUAAAACAAUGGCCUUAAACUGUACUUUGCUCCCAUUUCAGAAAGCAGACGUAAGCCAACAGCUAUGUGAAGACAGGAGUUUCUGCAUAUUGGUCCCCUAAGGAAUAAUGGUGAUGACUAAUGAGUUCAGCCACAAACCUAUCAAUCACCCCUCGUAUUGGACUAUAAUGAAGAAAUAUCCACAAUACUAAAUAGGUGCUAUAUUGUUCUAUAAUGGAAUGUUGAACAGCUCAGUAAGUGGCCAAGGAAUGGCAAAUAGACUUUAAUUCAGCCCCCUCCUUUGUGAGGAUCACAAGAUCACUGUUGGGUUGGAUCAAGGGGCCCAGGAAAUGGGAGAAGAGACAUGCAGACUGUCUCGUUUCCCCAGCGAUGUAAAGCUAUGGGACAUGGCCAUUGUCUCUUGGAGACAAAUUUGUGGAUUGAGAUACUAUGCUACGUGAAUGCCCUCAGGCAAAGUGGGCUGGUUGAGGGAGAGAUUGCAUCACCCCCAACCUGAUUGACAUCUACGACCCUGCGAGUCAGGAUAAAAGAGGGUCUGUAGGAACAGCCCCUCAGACACAACAGAAGAAACAUUAAGUGACCACGUAACAGGAAGUUGUCUGAAGGAGGCCACGUGCGUUCGAUUCCGUUGCUGGAACUGGUGGCUGGAACCACGGAAAACGGCUUUUAGCUAACAACGUGGAAAACCCACUCCCCUGACUCAACGGAUUGGCAUCCUAGAACACCUGGGCAAGUUUUAAACUGCUGCUCUCUUAAACCCAAAACGCUGCAGCGUGAACGACCUAAUAGUGACUGUUAUAUUUCCAUCGGACAAUACACUAUCCCCUAGACAAUGAUAGAGCUAUUUCUUAUUGGUUAUUAUUAUACCCGCGCUUUAGAUUUAGUAUUGACGACGUAUAUUAUCUGUAUGUUUGCAUUAAUCUUAUUUUUGUGCCCUUGAUCAAUAAAUACUUUUAAAAAUAGUACCAUCAGACUUCAACGGACCUCUCUAUCUUUGCUGGUAAGUGAUCCAGUUACGGGAUUUUGUAACAAAAUUGGGGUUCUCGUCGCAGGAUUUGACACCAAAUUGGGAGGCCAGUGAAUCGGGCUUGUAAGUCCACACUUGGAUCUGGUUACGCGGGUAGCCAGAGGGGAAACCAGCCAAGAUGGAUGUGGGUGAAUUUAUAGAAAACCCGACUCUGGAGGCGCUAAAGGCGGCCACCAAAUCAGACUUAAUAAGUUUGGCGAAGGAGUUAAACCUCGUAGGGGUAAGGUUGUCAAUGAAAAAGCAGGAGGUGCGAUGGGCAAUAACCCAGUAUUAUAUUGGGAAGAAUGUACAGAUGAGGUAUUGGAAAAUAUCCCUGAAGAGGUACCAGCUAGUGGGACGACUCAGUUAGAGUUGGAGAAAUUAAAGUUGGAACAUGCAUUUCAGUUAAAGCAGCUGGAGGCAGCCGAGAGAGAGAGAGAGCAAGAGAGGGAAAGGGCCAAGAGAGAGAAAGAGAGGGAGCAUGCGCUCCAGCUGAAGGAGUUAGACGAGAAACGAGAGCAUGAAAUGAGGUUAAAACAGCUGGAAGCAGCCGAGAAAGAGAAACAGAGGAAACAUGACUUGGAGAUGGAGAAGUUAUGGCAGGAGCCACGAGUUCCAGGGUCAGACCGAGAGGAGCGGUUCAAUGUUAGUCGAGAGUUGAGGCUAGUACCUCCGUUCGAGGAGACGGAUGUUGAUAGUUAUUUCUUGCUUUUUGAAAAGGUGGCGCUGUUACAGAGUGUGUUAAAGGGGAAGGCACAGCAGGCAUAUACGGCGUUGGCCAUGGAGGAGGGAGAGGAGGAGAGUUAUGACAAAGUAAAGGUGGCCAUUCUCCGGAGUUAUGAGCUAGUACCUGAGGCGUACAGACAAAAGUUUAGAAAUUUAAAGAAAGGGUGGAAUCAGACAUAUACUGAGUUUGCCUAUGAGAAGGGGGUGCUCUUGGACCGGUGGUGCACUGCAGAGAGAGUGGAAGAGGAUUAUGGGCGUCUCAGGGAGUUAAUUCUGAUUGAGGAAUUUAAAGGUUGUGUUUUGAAGGAUAUCCGGACGUAUUUGAAUGAGAAGCCGCAUAAGUCCAUCUCGGAAUUUGCUAGGUUAGCAGAUGAAUAUGCCCUAACCCACAAGACAAAGUCUUCCUCGAAUAAAAGUUCCCAGAGAGACCGUGGGAACGAUCGAGAAAGUCCGCCGGCUGAGGCAGAGGUCCCGCCGGGAGCUAGUGGUAAGGUUGAGGGGAAAAGGCCAGACGGCCAGAGAUUUCCGGGCUUGACCUGUUUUAAUUGUGGAGGGGGGGGGGGCAUAUUGCAUCUCGGUGUUUUGCUCUGCGGAAAGAGACAGGAAAAGGGAAAGCAGCAGUCCCUAUCGGAUGUGCCGUGGUAAUCAGUAAAUCGACAAGAGAGCCCUGGGUAGACAGAGUACGCGAAGGGUCUGAGACUUGUCUGUCACACGGAACCAUGUCUGUGAGGGAGGGAGACACACCAGUUCCUGUACAGAUCUGGAGAGACACGGGGGCUGAGCUGUCGUUGAUCAGCAGUAAGGUACUAGAGUUUGGUCACCAGAUGAGAAUGGUAGCUGUGAAGGGAAUAAGUAAAGGGACAGAAAUGGUGCCCUUACAUAAGGUCAUUAUGGAUUGCGAGCUGGUAGCUGGACCAGUUGAAAUAGGGGUGCGAUCAGAAUUCCCGAGAACUGACGCGGACGUCCUUCUCGGUAACGAUUUAGCAGGUGGUAAGGUUUGGGCAGCCAUGAUGCCGACACGCCGGCCGGUGACUUUUGUGGCCCCGCCCCUAGAUUCCAAGAUCUAUCCCGCAUGUGCGGUCACUCGCAGCAUGUCGAGAAAGGCAGCUGUGAACGAGAGCAGUUUAAAUCCAACCAGUUUCAAUUUGGCUGAGAUGUUUCUACCGACCCUGUACCACGAGGGUUUAGAGGGUGGUAAAACAAAGAGUAGUAAAGAGAAAGAGGGCAAGGAAGCGGAGGUAGAUCUGCCCUUAGCGAGGAGAAAGGUCCUAGAGGCAGGAAAUAAAGAUGAGGAACCGAUAGAAUGGUUAAGAGGUCCAGAGUUGGACAGGGAUGAUCUGUCUGGUUUGGCAGAACUGUUUGAAGAAGCUGAAAAUUCUAAAGGUGUUCCCAAUAAUGAAAUGAGAGCAGUCCUAGAUGAAAAGGGUGCCCUUGCCUUGAAGAAGUCUGCUGGGUUGGCAGAUGAGGUUGUUUCAGCCCGCGGGGUUGAGUUUACUCCGGAAGGGAGUUGCCCAGAGAGUACCUGGGAGGAUCGGGGGAACUUAGAAUUUGAAAAGGGUACGGGUAUUGAAAGCUGGGAAGAGGCCAAUGUCCCGUUUGAGUGUGUCCAAAAUGGGGUUGCAUGUGGUACUGAACCUAGUAAUGGAGCUCAGAAAAAGUCUGAGGUAUUUGAUUCAGUGGAACGAGACGGCCGUCCUCAUGGGUCAGAUAGACUUGGUUCAGUGAAGAAAGGGUUAACCUUGGUAAUAGUGGGAAGUGAGAGUUCCCAGGUUGUUGUGCUCGAAGGUGUGUUCAAAGUUAAUGCGGAGUUCAAAAAUGGGGAGAUAAAUAUUAUUAUUGAAGGAAACGGGAAAUCUGUAGUUCCCAAAUCGGAUGAAGAAAUUUUAAACCCUGCAGAUCGCUUACAGAUUAAGCCAGGAGAUGAUGGGGGCCCCCCACGCUAUUGUUAUUCCAGAGUGUGGUGUGAAAAGGCAGAAUUUGAAAUGCUGCUUGAGCAAAGAGGUCAAACUGAAAACACAUAGCCUGAAGGGUCCUGACGAGAGGGCUAGCCACCUGUGUAAAAUUAAAGAGUUGGAUGGAAAUUCAGAAGAUGGUCUAAGUUUGGGACACGGUGUUGAUAAAAUAAUUCCUAUGGAAAAGGCGGGUGAGGGUUUAUCUCGCCACAUUACCCAAGUUCCCCAUGUGGGAACUCCCUGGAAAAGAGGCAACGGUUAAGGGGUACACCAUUUUUAAAUAGCAAAGCCGGUUGUACGAGAUUUCAACAAAGCCUGUGAAUAAUAAAGACAACCCCCUUGGAAGCCUGCCUGUUCAGUUUGAAAACGACCGAAAGACUAGUAUUUACAUAAACUUUUGUAGAUGCACAUCAGCUAAGAUCACACCUCCUUAGUUUUGCUGCUGAAGGAAAAAAUAAAAUAGGUGGUAAUUAAAUUGAAGUCUGAUGCUACAAGACUUUAGUAUGGUACAAGAUGUUAAGAUAUUAAAGAAUGUGACACUGUAAUCGUUAACUGUUUAGAUACUGAAUUGAAUGUAUAACUGUAUUACUCUGUAGAAAAAAAAAACUUUGGUGUUGUGUUAGAUUCUAACACCCUGUAAGACUCUGUAUUACUUUGUUUUUUUCCGAUGGUAAAAAACAUGCUGAAGAAAGGGGGUGUUACGUCCGUAGCCCCCUCCUUUGUGAGAAUCGCAAGAUCACUGUUGGGUUGGAUCAAGGGGCCCAGGAAAUGGGAGAAGAGACAUGCAGACUGUCUCAUUUCCCCAGCGAUGUAAAGCUAUGGGACAUGGCCAUUGUCUCUUGGAGACAAAUUUGUGGAUUGAGAUACUAUGCUACGUGAAUGCCAUCAGGCAAAGUGGGCUGGUUGAGGGAGAGAUUGCAUCAUCCCAACCUGAUUGACAUCUACAACCCUGUGAGUCAGGAUAAAAGAGGGUCUGUAGGAACAGCCCCUCAAACGCACCAGAAGAAACAUUAAGUGACCAUGUAACAGCAGGAAGUCGUCUGAAGGAGGCCAUGUGCGUUCAUUUCUGUUGCUGGAACUGGUGGCUGGAACCACGGAAAACGGCUUUUAGCUAACAACGGGGAAACCCACUCCCCUGACUCAACGGAUUGGCAUCCUAGAAGACCUGGGCAAGUUUUAAACCGCCGCUCUCUUAAACCCAAAACGCUGCAGCGUGAACGAACUGACAGUAACUGUUAUAAUUCCAUCGGACAAUACACUAUCCCCUAGACAAUGAUAGAGCUAUUUCUUAUUGGUUAUUAUUAUACCCGCGCUUUAGAUUUAGUAUUGACGAUGUAUAUUAUCUGUAUGUUUGCAUUAAUCUUAUUUUU